AAAUGCGAUUUCCAUUCCGUCUACUGCUUCUCCAUCCGCUCAAAUAGAUGAGUAUAACCCAUAUGGCCAUGCUAUUGACAUUUCUGGAGUAAGGUAAUCUCUCUCGCCUCUGUCUCUCUGUUGUGGAGGGGCAUACAACGCUCCAUUUGUUGCCUCAGCCAUGUUAGCAGCAACAAUGGGAAAAGCAACAGCAAUGGCAGCAGCAGGAACAUCUCAAUUGGUUUUACUCAGGCGCCAUUUGCAAUAGAAAGGACACGCGAAACAAGGAGACCAAGGAUACCGAAAAGGGUAAGGAGAAGGCAAGCCUCUUGGAAUAGAACGAAAAAGGAAAGAAAAGUAAACGGCAACGGCAACGGCAAUCUAAGAUGAGCACAAAAAAGAUGACUGCGAGUCGCAAGCGAAAGAAGACAAUCGGCAUGUUAACAUCAGGCCUGAAAUCAGUAGUCAAGUGGAAAAUAAUUCUAUCAUCAAUAAUGUUGCUACUAUUAAGUGGAACAAGUCACGUGCUGGCGUUGCGAAAGGGUCGCCUGAUGUCUCCAAGCACAUUUACAGCACUCAGUGGCGACCUGCAUGUGCAGAUUCAGUUCAAUGGUAACGAAGCGGUCUCGGAGUCAGAGUCAGAGUCUGUGACAACGGCAACGGCAACGGCAACAACAACGACAACUUCUAGCCACUUGAGCACUGACAGGCAGAACGAUGUGAACAAGAAUACCAUAAUGAGCACUUUAGUCAUUAGCAAAAUCAUUGAUGAUGUUCCGCAGCAGGGGCUGGAACAGGAACAGUCGGUGGAGCAGCAGCAGCAGCAGCGGUUGGAGCAUUUACAGCAGCAAUCACACCAGCAGCAGCAACAUGCCAACGGGGGUAAUGCCACACAGGUGUUGUUGCAACGGCGUCGCAAAGAGAUUGUUCAGAAUAUACCACUCUUUCCCGAUCCACGUUAUAAUGUCACUCAGGUGACAGUGCCAUGUCAGACCUUUGUACGUGGCGGUCUCUAUGAGAUGCAAGUGAUCAGUAAUCUGAAGACAACAACCACAAUGUUGUCGCAAAAUCAAACGGAUGUAAGCACUACGACCACAUUGAUGCCAGCCCAGGAUGAGCGUCUAUUGCAGACUCUCGAUGUGAGAUGGCCAAGUGCCGAAAUGAUUGUAAAUCCGGUGCGGCUACGCACAUAUCCCAAUCAACCAGUUGAGGUUAGUUUACGCUUUCCCGAGGUCAAUUGUGAUCGUGCUUUGGGUGGCUCCUUGCCCGAAUUUUGGUUAGAAUUGAUCUACUGUGGCAAGAAUCGAACUUGCAACGGUCCCAAUAUCCCAAGAUCGAGUGUACUCUUUGCCGAACAGGUGCGAGGAUUUCCCAAACAAAAAUUGGUCCAUCUGGGCUGUGAGCUAUUCGGUCUGGCUGGUAAUUAUGCGGUACAAUUGCGACCCAUGGUGGCCAGUCUAAAUGUGCCCACAACACGUCGCAUGAUCAGUGUCGAUUGGAGCGAUGAGUUUGUCUUCAAUGUGUAUGCUCGCAGUAUAUUUCCAUGUGAUCCGCAUACUGGAAUUGGUGUACUCUACGAGUAUCCUGGUUGCAUUUUAGAGCAAGGUGAUCGUGUAAGACUUUAUGCCAAGCUACGAGCGGAUGUUGCCUCCCUAAAACCGCCGACAUCAUUGCAUUAUGUGGCCGAACAGCGUGUGAUUAAGAGUCAGCACUCACUAUACUUUGCCUGCGAUUUGUUUUCCGAGAAAUAUGUGGAAUAUUGUUUUGUUUAUGUGAGUCAAGCGAUUUCUGGUGCUGUGGCCGAUGUCCGUAUGGAUUGUGUUCCCGCUUUGCCAGUUAGUGAUUCCGAUACAGGGGGCUGGGGUGAAUGGAGCGAAUGGACGCCCUGUUCAACCAAUUGCCUUGGAGGUACACGCAAUCGUUACCGUUUCUGUGAUUCACCACCGCCACGCUAUGGAGCUAAAUUCUGUGAGGGUCCUUCGGUUCAGACAGAGAAAUGUGGCAAAAGCAUUGCCGAUACCUGGGAUUGUAUUUACGAAACAUCCGGGACAGUGUUAAAUAAAUCAAAUAACACGGAGGUUAGCCAGGAAAUUGGACCCGGCUGUCGUUGUGGCUGUAUUGUCCAUUUGGGUGCGUCCAAGCCCAAACGUAUAAUAGCCGGUGCCACGCAAAGUUGUCCGGGACGCUCCUUUUGGUUGGUACAGGUGGAUGGCGAGGAAACUAUCACUUUAGCUCUCAGUUUUCUUCGACUGCCCUGUGCCACGCAGUAUAUUAAAGUGCGUGAUGGUCCUUCACUUUCGUCUACUUUGCUUGUGGAACUAAAUGGUGCUGCAAUUCUCAAAGGGCCUCUUGCCGAGGCUGGCAAAACUUAUGUUGAGUCGACCGGUGGACAACUUUUGGUUGAGUUCUAUGCUGGCGAAAUGUCAAAUUCAACAACAAAUCUUGAUGAUGGGGGUGAAGGAGCAGGAGCAGGAGCCGGAGCUGGAGCUGGAACGCCAACAACAACUACAACAGCAACCUGUACUGGUGGUUUUAUGGCAAAUGUGCAGCAGCAAUUGGCUUCAGCCAAAAACGUAAGCACUACACUUCUAGCCUCUACACGACUCUCGGCCAAGAGUCGAGCCAUUUCACAAAAGCCCAAAUCAAGAAUGCGUUUCACCUUGGUGCACUUGAGUGCUAUGAUUUUCGCCAGCAUUAUUAUAUUAAUAAGCGCCUUGUUGGGUGCCCAGUAUGUGGUGCGUUAUCGUAAAUAUCAUUUGGCUGUGGCUCGCCGUCAGGAUGAAGGCUCGCGCUUGCAUACACCAAGAGCAUCGCUUAGCUCACUGCAAGGACCACCCUCGCGUGCCAUGUCCACGACCACACUGCUGUCGGAGGUUAUAUAUCUGGUGAAAAUGCGACCCAAACAUCAAUUGCGUCACUCUAUAUUGCGGGAAAGUGUUGAUGCCGAGAAUUUGGCCCACGAAACAGAAUUCAAAGAGACCGAUUCACCGGGCGGGGAGAUGGUGAAAUGUGAUCACCAAGAAUUUGGUAGCUCAGCCUCCAUGUUGACACUGCGCAAUGAACGCACUUCACCCUCAAGAUCUCUGACACGCAGCGAAAGCUUUGCAGGCUCACCCCUAUCAUCGGGUGAGGCAAAUGCCAGUGAGACAAUACCCACAGAGGAGAGUCCCAUUGAGGGGACUUCGCCGGAUGAGCAUAUGGUUAGCUGUAAAGACAGUGCCAAGGAUUCGGAAUCGAUUAUCUCAUCCGGAAUGAGCUCAUUGUGCCACAGUCCACCAAUGAAUAGCAAACGUUUGAGCAAAUAUUCGGAUCGUUAUGAUGCUAUCACCCUGAAGAUGCUGACAUCGACUCGACUCGACGAUGCCAGUUCCUUGAAUUCGGCCUGCGGAUCCUUGCCUUUGGCGCGCAUGGGAUCACGAAGUGUCAGCUCAUCGCUGACAAAUGGCUGCUAUUCGCCAGCGGCAAGUGUGGUUAGCACGGCAACCAUACGAACUACCAGUAAUCCCAAGGAAUCAAAGGAGAAACAGAAUCGCAAAAAACUGUUGGCUCGUCCUGGCUCCGAGUUCUCGUUGGGCAAUCAAGAGGAACUCGAAUUGGACUAUUAUGAUUAUAAUGUGAUCAAUGCUGGAGCAGCACCGGGUUCCUAUCUGGGCAUGGAUCCAGCCUAUUUAGUCUGGAUACCACCAUUCGAAGAGGUGGCCGAACAAAGAGAAGAUGAUGACAAGACUCCCGAGCCAGUAAGAGUAGACCAGAUCGAUGCCGAGGCCGAACCCCUCUAUGAGGAAAUCCAAAUGCCCAAAUAUGGUCACUACCUAAGUCCGGCUAGCAAUACAGAGUCAAGUAAAUCAACCACAGCCGACAAUACGCCCAGUCCAGAGGAACGUUCUCCCCUAACCAGCGAGCAACAGAGCAAGGCCAGUUCACCCAAUUGUGAGGUCAAAGAGAAACUGUUAAAAAGCCAUGCCAUGACCAAACAACCAACUCCCUACAUGUCGCGCAAACAACGCCGACAGGCCAGGCAACAAUUCAAAUCAAGCCAAUCACUAGAGACUGGCGCAGUUUUGUAUUCCGAUAUAGUACCAGUUCAUCAGAAAUUGGAUAGGGAUCAUGAUCUCAGUGAAGCGUCAAUGAAUGGCUCAUAUGUGGAAAAGGAAACGGCCUGCGAAAAGGAUAAAACAUCGCGAAAAAUGCAAGAGUUCUUGGAACUAGAUGAUAUACAGUUCGCCGAUGAAAGUGGCAGCGAUUAUGAGACAGCAACACUCAAGGGGAUUCCCGUCGAUAUGGAAACGCAUGGCAAAUCCAAAGAAGUGGCCGUCUAAUAGCUUUUUUUUUUGACUUGACUUGGAUGAAAAGGUGUAUAUAUAUAUACG